CUUUACAGCCUGUGCAGUGGUCCCCGGGGCUUGCCCCAGCCUGAGAGCUCUCCUUCAACCACAGCAGGCGGACAGGUCAAUAAGGGGGUCCCACAGUGCAAAAUGCUGCUACUCAGCCCUGCCUCCUGACCCAAGGGAGACACCAGCUCCCUGAGGGGUCACACGCAACUGCUGCCUCCAGGAACAGCACACCCUUGCCACAUCAAGACACCUCUGCAUUGGGAAACACCAUAACCACAAACAUGGAGGCAUGUUUCCAGUCCCUUCAUGCCGAUAAGCGAGCAGGGGGACCGAGAACACAAAGAUGACACUUGGCCUCCCCUCCUGGUCCUCAGCAUCUCAGUGCCGCUGACUCAGACUGCUCUGCAUUUCAGGUGACCCCAAAGGGUGGAAGAUGCUGGAUAAGGCCACCCUGCUCCUGUUCCUGCAUUUAGUCGCAUGCUCCAUCUCCUCUCCUCUCUACCCAGCUCUCAGGUACAGUCCAGGGCCAGUUGCUGCCAGGGCCAUGAACUUCCAGCUCCAGCACAGCAGCCCACUGCAGAGCCAUAACCCCUCGGCGGAGGAACAGGAUGAGGAGAGUUCAUUAACAGACGCCACCGAGAAAAGGAUGCAGCGCCAUGCUGAUGCCAUAUUCACUGACAACUACCGGAAAUUCCUGGGGCAGAUUUCGGCCCGCAAAUUCUUACAGACCAUCAUUGGCAAGCGGCUUGGAAGCAGCGAGAGCAGCCCAGGAGAAGGGGUGCAUGAAUUUCUGACAAGGCGCCAGUCUGACAGCAUCCUGAUGGACAGCCGCUACCACCAACAGAUGGUACUAAGGGACUUCCUGGGAGCCAUCCUGCAGAAUCAAAGGCCUCAGGACAUCAACAGCAGUCGGUUAGAAGGCUUUCCCAGCACCCUGGCUAAGCUCAUGUAAAUACUUCUCCAUUUUUCAUCUCCCCACACUCUGGUGAGUACCAUUCCCUGCUCAAUUCUAUAUGUAACACUGCUGCUGCACUGCUCAAGCAGUUUGAAGGCUCUCCUUCAGCAAAGACUCCCACUGCUGCCCAUGAAAAAGGGCACUUGCUGCAAUUUAAGGGGAAAAAACUCCCAUCAAUUUUGUCAAGUAUCUAAAGCUGUGUUAGUCUGAACAGAUAGACCACGAGUGUUGUGAAGCCACAUGUGGAUGUCUGGGAACAGGCUUGCAGCAACCAAAAGCAGC